AUGAUCUGCCAGAGUGCUGACGGGGCUUAUGGGAAGCAGCGGCAGAGGAAUAGGCUACAGUGGAAGUCAGAAUCUUCGCAGGACCAGUUUUUGGUGGAGCAUCUCUUGCGAAAUCGGAAAGGUGGAUUUUUUGUAGAGUUGGGAGCAGCGGAUGGAAAGCAUUUUUCGAACACCUAUGCGCUGGAGCACGGCAUGAAUUGGUCCGGGAUACUUAUUGAACCCCUGGAAUCUCAAGCCAGGCUUUGCGCAGAGAACCGCCCUGCCUCCGUUUGUGUCCAUGCCUGUGCCGCAGGCCGGGAAGGAGUGCGAGACUUCAUCGACGACGAGGAGAAGCCGCUGCAAAGCGGGCUGUCUAGCUACACAGCCACGGCGAGAUCCCCUGCUGCCAGAAAACAGAUGCAUUGUAUGACAUUACCAGGCAUCUUGAAGAAGCAUGGCGCCCCUAGCUUUAUAGAUUGGCUGAGUCUGGAUGUGGAGGGUGCCGAGAUGGAAGUCCUAGAAGCGCUGUUGAGCGACGGCUCCUUCGAAAUCGAUGUGAUGACCAUUGAAGCCUUUGCACACCAAGCCCCUGCGAAAUUCAAUUUCAUGCGAACUCAUGGGUAUCAGCUUCUGAACCGGCUCGGUACUGACGACGUCUAUGUUCUUGGGUGGACGGCUUUCGAAAGCCACUGCGCUGAGAUACCAGGAGCUAAUUGGCUUCGGCGGAAGCUCCUUCAACAGGCUGGCUACAAGGAGGGCAGCUUGGAAGCUCUUUUGCAGCAGCUGCGGGUCCGCUUGAGUGUGCGCCGCAUGAACCACACAGAGAAGACUGCCUUCGAAAGGUAUGUCUAUAAGGCAGAGAAGAACAGAUGCAAGGCCGGGGGUUUCAGCUUCUCACUUUUGAAAACUUUGCUCAGCGAGGAUGCCUCUCUGAUAAGGGGCCUCUGCUUCGGAUACGGUCUCAUGUCACAGGCCGCCGUAACGAGGCUGAUCAGCCCAGAGAUCUAUGAUGACUGCUCCCCCUUCUAUGCUCUCUCGUGGAGUCGGAUGGAUUUCAUUCUUAUGGUCACCAGCCCCUGGCCCUGCUUCCUGCUCUUGCAGCUCGUGAGCGAGAGGGUGUCUGCAGCUUUCCAGGAAAUCCAGCUUUGCGACCUCUACAAGGAGGGCCUCCCAGAACCAGACUCCUUCUUGAAUUUCUGGCCUCCGGCGCUUGCAGCAGAAGCGCAACUCUGUGGUGGCUUGAGAUUUGCUUUGGCCUACUUGGACCAAGCGGUGAACUCGAGACAGAAAGAG